AUGGCGUCUCGUGGCAUUGAUGAGAAUGAGGGUCCCGACGAUGUUCGCGGCACUAUUUCGCCUGCGACUGAUCCUAUGGCCCAGGAUCCUUCCGGUGACUCUGGCCCUGACUUUGAUGAGCUUCCCCAAUUGCCUGAAGUUACUGAAGCGGAUCCCUUUGGCUUUGACUCCGACACGAACGAGCUUCCUGAGUUGCCCGAAGUUACCGACGCGGACCCCUUUGGCUUCGACUCUGACGAGAGCGAGCUGAGCGAGUUGCCCGAAGAUAUUGAAGAGGACCUCUUUGGCCACCCAGAGGACGACGCCGAAGACCAAAUCCCCCGCGAGUACAACGAGCCUCUGCCCGCCCGCUUGGCUCGCGAGCACGACCGUUAUCGUACUAGAAUCAACAUGGCCCGCGUUCCUGAUGACGACGUUAGUAUGACUUCGGUCUACGGCUUUGAUGGCGCUUACGACUUCGAGCCUUCCGGCAGCUUUCAAGACCCGGCUGCCACCCCGACCAAGCCUAAUCACGCUGACGAGACUCCGCGUACGGUCAAGGCUCUCCGUAUCUCUGACGGCGUCCAUAAUGGAAAGGGCACUGGUGCGAAGAAGCCAGGCUCCGGUGUUGCCAAGGUUCUGAAUUUCGAUCCCAGCCCCAAGCACUACUUGGGUCUCGGUAACAAGAUGAAGGCUACCGCUAGCCCUGAGGCCGAUUCUGCUAUGGCUAUCGACAAGCCCGACAUCGAGCGCGGCCCCUCGACUCCCCCUCCUGGCUUUCGCUAUGAGGAAGGCCACGGCAUCCAGACUCCUGGUCGCCCUCGCAGCGUCAAAACAGCUCCCACGGUCAUGUUUGCCGACACCGACAUCGAGGAAGACAACUCGCCCUCCACUCGUCGUCAGAUGAAACGUGUCCGUACCGCGUCGGCCUCGAAGUCGGUUACGCUUGAGCGUCCCUCGGUUCAGCCCGCUGGCCCUCGACCCCUUGGCCCUGGGCCAGAAUAUUAUGAGCCCAUCAACACUGGUGUUCCGGCUACCCCGACCAAAGCCAACGGCAAGCGAAGCCGCGGUCACUUCGACAAAACCCUCACACUCGCUGGCAAGGACGUAGCGAACAUGAAGCACAUUAUGGUCAACUUCGCUCUCGCUACUGACGAGAAGGUCGACGAUACGGUCAACGAGGAUGGCGAGGAUGGCGACGUUACGCCCAAGGCCUCAAUCCUCAAUAGCCACAUGGACAUUGACGAGAAUUAG